AAAAGAAGGGCGUAUAAAAUUCAGGAGUACCUCUUGUAAUCUUGUGUAUAGCUUAGAAGAAUAUUUGAGAUAUUUGACUAAACAAACAGAGAAAAGUGUUGAAAGUCUGCGAGCUACUCGGCACGGCUUUUCUUCCCUGCCAAUGCUAGUAUGCUACGUCGGUGGGCAAAACAGGAAGCCAUUCAUGGCAUGUGCUUGUAAACGCUGAAAUCAUGGUUGUUGCCGGCGGCGGCUGAUGAAGACUGCAUGCCCUCGCGGGGACGGCUGUGCAAGUAUGCCACAGAGGAAGAAACAAGUCGCUGCUCGUGCUGUUGCGACUGAAUGUGCAUGGCUCCGAAGGUGCGGGUAUCCCAAACUGCGGAAAUGGGAAGCGAAACAACAAGCGCGAUGAGAAGUGGCUGAAUGGCGUUGCGUGCAAGAAGAAACUGCCCACAGAAGAUGCCUGGAACAAGAGGAAGCAGCCAAACGCUGCUUACAAGAAGAUAGCAGUAAAGCGCUUGAAGGACAGGCACACAGGAAGAACACAACAUGAGUGCUUUACUGUUAUUAUGUCACACCAACAAGGCCGAACAUCAACACUGGAAAAAAAGCCAGAAAAUGAGGCUCGAAGAACUGUGCGUCUUCAGAUGCAUGCGUCGGCUGCGAAGCUUCUGCGGCGAAUCGGUUCGCUGCAUGUAGCAUGCUUAACCAAUUGCGUUUUGCGAACGAUCCGACUCUAGUUGAAGCAUGGAGUUACGUGCUGCCCGGUGAAUAUUUUCCGUUGGAAAAUGUGGCAGGUGUUUCAUGUCUGUCGUACCUGUGCUGCCUUGCAUACAGAGAUGCCCAACCAUGCUACGACCAAUGGGCUGCAACAGACCCACCAUUCUGCAAAGAGUGCCACAGCAUCGACAAGGGAAAGCAAUGUGUCAGAUGAAGGCGGUGUGAGCAUCGCCACGACGAGGCCUACAGACAUCUGCUCCAAGCGAGCCGACAGUGCGAGUGAGAUGCUGGUGGUGCCAGCGACGGAAUGGCCAACCUACUGCAGUGUGUGCAAGAAAUCGACAAGAAAUGCACAGACAGCAACGAUACCACCAUUAAAAGGGGGCGUGGACGUUGCAUUUGGGACCAAAAGAAGUGCCGACCGCGAGUUAUGCAAGACAACACAGGCAUCGCUCAAACCUUUCAUGGUGGACUGGUCGACGGACACGGCGGAUCUUGAAGAUUCGCAGGACACCAACGCGCUUAGAGGAGAGAGUCCAGUACUAUCUCUGUAUGGGUCAUCAUGGCUUCCUGAAAGGGAUCAGAGCUGUGGAGCUGCCACAGUACAGGACAGUCAACCAGGUGGGGUCAGAAUCAGCGAAUCUACGUACAGCAGCACGUGCCCAGAGUCAGACAAAGAAGCUUGGGCAGAGACCUUGCUGCCGUCAAGACGGGGCGUGGACGUCGCGGUCGGGACAUCAAGAAUCUCCGACCAAAAUUUGUGCAAGUCCUCCCAAGCAUCGGUUGUUCCCAUCAGGAUCCACAGGUGGACCGAAACCUCCGAUCUUGAUCUACAGGACACUGCUGAAGUCACUGGAGAGCAUCAAGUACCAUUUGCACAAGGGUCACUACGGCUUGCCAACGAGGGCCCUGGAAUUGCCACAUCGCAGAGCGGUCAAGAAGACGGGAUUCGACAGCCUGCAUCGAGCAGUGGCGGCGGGUCGCCGGACUCUGCAGCUUUGUCUGGACAAGCCAGACAUCUCGGAACACUUCGGACUGCUGUUGAGUGGGCAAAGUAUUGGAAAAGCGAGUCCAGGCUUGAAGAGGCAAGGCGGGUCCCCUUCGCUUGCACCAAUUGUUUGACGUCAUUCGGGGGAGUGGAUAAGCUUGCCUCCCACGUGGAGUCAUGUCCGUGGCCGGAGCCGUACCUGUGCAGCAUGUGCUCUCACCCGUGCCCCGACUGGGAGGCAUUGAGGGACCACAAUAGGACAGCCCACGUACGUGAGGACAACACGUGCGAGUUCUGCCUGUGCCGACAUCGCAGGCGCGGGAAUGCGAUGCUGCACGUGAUGCAGCACGUGCGCGUCCAACAGUUCAUGUGCAACAUGUGCCUGGUGGCGUUCAAGGCGAAAUACUUGCUUGCGGAUCAUGUCAGACGGUCUUUCGUGGGGGGAAUUUCGUGUACGCAGUGGCGUCGCCGAAGGCGGCAAGAGGGCAAAGUGUGGCUCCUGCCGAAAAUGCCACAGGCUCAGCAGAGUGAGUCCGCCAUCGAGCAGCCGUUCAAGUGCGACAUGUGCUGCGCUGCACUUGCCGACGAGUCGUCCCUCCAAGAACACGUGCUCCAUCACAAAGACGAGAGUCCGCCAAUGCCAGAAACAGGACUAAGUUGUAGCCAGCAGCUGCAAGUGGAGGAUGUUUGAUGUGUGUUUGCAUGUGAUUGUGAAGUUCCAUCUCUGGCAGCAGGUCUUAAGGCCAGCUGCGAAAUUUUGUUUCCAUUAAAUUCAUCGUGAUCGAGUUGUACAUGUCGCUGAAGCAAUCUUGAGAAGACCACAAGGCUGAUAGCCUAGCUUUCGUGUUGGCAGCCUUCAGGCAGCUCGUAAGCUGGUGACGGAUUCACCUGGUGGUUGUCACCGUGAUGUAGGUCCAUGCACAUUGCCUCCGAGAUCUGUCAACACCCCCUCGUCUCUGAGGUCAUGCCGAAAAGCUGCACCUUCUAGGUCAUCCCCCUUGUUUCUUACUUCUGGCGAGCUGUAGUGGUAGUUUUCUGUUUUUGUUUUUUACAGCAAAAGCUGUUAUAAGAUCACAACAACAGCCAAUUUUAGUGAUGUAGUUGUCCGUCACCGGUGUCCGUAACCACUAUCACGCGAAAGGAGAAAAAAAAUAUCCAGGAUUUGAUGGGAUUUGAACUCAGGCCCUCUGCGUGGCAGUCGAAUAUUUUACCACAGAGCCAUGCCGGUGCUUGAAACUUCUUCGCAAAAAAAGACCCUAUACAGGUGUCAUGUCAAGCAAGGAAUCACGUUAACAUAUGUAAUAGAGCGUGGUAGAAGAGUAAAGUAAGAACCAGGCAUCACACAAUGUGAAUUGUGUAACUAGUGGAUCAUUUAAAGCUUACAACCCAUUACAAAGGGCUCAGCCAUAAUUCUUCGUCAUCAGCCACAGCAUCAAUGUGCAGCGGGUACCACGUUUCUCCGCAGAAUGAUGAAUAAUGGCAUAGUGGGUGUGCCCCUUCUGCACGCGCAGCACGUACCUUGCAAGCAUACUUGUAGUAGUUGCCCCAAGAGAGUUUGCAAUGGGCUCUAGGAAAGCCACUCUUCCAGCUUUCACUGUGACUGUGCUGCGUGUUUUGCGCAGGCCUGGCGUUUUAACGCGAUAGCGUUGAAGAGCUCGUUUCACAGAAAUUCCGGUGUCAGCGUCAUUGGUUGUGAGCAAAAAAUCAUCAUCUUGUUUGUGACGGAAAAAUCAAGAAAGCUGUAAAUAAAAUAAGUAAUAAAAAUGUUGGGCCCGAAUGAGAAUCGAACCCAGGCUGUCUACGUGGCAAGCAGAUGUACCACACAGCCACGCCUCUGCUUGGAACUGCACUGAAAGUAACUUUGAUGCUUCACAGACAUACGCGUCCUGUAUACAGGUGUCACAGUACGAGAUGUAAUAUUGCAGUAAUAUUGCGUGGUACAAGCAUAAAUUGCCAUCGGGUGUCACACCAUGUGAAUAUCAUAACGACUUUGUGGUUUAAGGCAGCCACCCAUUACAAAAUGCGCACACAUUGCUGCAUGUAUUCCCUUAAGACGACGUAGUGGGUGCAUCGCAACUUCUAAAAAGUUUCUCGCGCAUAAUUGCUCCUACCCAUUACAUACAUAAGGCACACACCUUAGUGCGCGCAUUCCGUUACAUACAAGUAGUGGUCAAAGUACGCACUAGGGGCAGGAUAUCACCAUCGCAUUCAACUAUUAAAGGCAAAGCUUAAGCGUUCCCCAAUUUUUUUUUUUUUAUAAAAGACUGCCAUUUUUGCAAGCUUUAUGUGGUGCUUCCUGUAUUAUAUCAAACGCCAAAUUUUCAAGGGUCUUCUGAAUCUACUGUCUGGGACAAGGCCAUUUACUCAAAUGAAAAUUCUGUUCCAGUGGGCCUCUGUAAUAAAAGAGCAGAAAGUUGAGGUCUGUUCAAUUUGCGUGCACCACCUGAACGAGUUCACGAGUGGUUUGUUGUGAUGUGCUGGGCUUGUUUACGAUUAAAAAUGCAAAGCAUGUGUUGGUGACCGAGGUGUACAGUACUC